AGCAAAGUACAAGAGAUAUUAUUGUACCAAUAGGUGAGUUUCAAAAUUUGAUACAAUAAUUACUUGUGUGAUAACAACAGGAGGGAGAUAUCAUAAAAAGGCAACACCCCUACCAUCAAACAGAAUAAUCAGACAGUUCUCUUCUUGGAAGUAGAGAAAAGAAAUCUGAUUUCUUAGAUAAAGACCCCAUGAAAGAAAUACUAUCAAAAAGUGCCUAGCUUUGCCAUAUCCACAACAAGAGAGAUACAAAUAGCAACACAAACUUAGUAAAGAAAAACACAUGUUUUGAGAAAUAUACUUUGGACCCUCUUUUUGUUGUGGCUUCAUAUAGCUACAUAUAUAUAUGCUUUGACUAGAAAAGGCUUUGAUCUUUAUAGCUUCUUUCUUUACCCUUUAGUCUCUUGUUUCUGAAGAAAGAGUUGGUCUUUUUAAAAAGAUCCUUAAAACUGAGGUGAAACAGUUUUUUUUCCUUUUGAUCAGGAAGCUGAAGAAUGGUCUGAAAGUUGUUUGCAUGGAGAGUCAAAAAAUAGGAGAGAGUGGUAGUUUGUCAGCUGAAUCUGGACCUUCACACCACCAUCACAAUAUGUCUUAUGCACUUUUUCGUGGCCUAAAUCCUCCUAAUACAAGUUUCAUGUAUCAUUCCACUCCAAAUAAUCAAGAACCGCCAGCUUUUGAUUUUGGGGAGUUAGAGGAAGCUAUUGUGUUACAAGGAGUUAAGAUGAGCAAUGAUGAAGCAGCUAAAGCAUCUUUAUAUGCAGCUACAAACAGACCUGCUGCAACUCUGGAGAUGUUCCCUUCUUGGCCUACGAGAUUCCAUCACACCCCAAGAGGAAGCUCAAAAUCAGGAGGAGAAGAGAGUAGUGAUUCAGGUUCAGCACUAAACGCUUUUUCAAGCAGAGGUGAACCUCAUUUGGAACCAGAAUCUCCUAUCAGUGGAAAACCAUCUUCAGCUUACCAGUCCCUUGAACAGAAACUUCAGAUACCACAUCAACAACAACAACUUCAAGAAAUGGCAAGUGAUAGUCCAAGAACAGUAGUUUCACAUACUGAGCCAGCUUCAAAACCCAACUAUGAAAAGAGAAAGGGUGUUGGUUCAACCUCAGAUAGGGUGGUUGAUGCAAAGACUUUGAGACGUUUAGCUCAAAAUAGAGAAGCAGCAAGGAAAAGCAGACUAAGAAAAAAGGCUUAUGUACAACAGCUAGAAACAAGUAGGAUAAGACUUGCUCAGCUAGAACAAGAACUUCAGAGGGCUAGAUCUCAGGGGCUUUUCAUGGGAGGUGGUGCGGCUGCUGGUGCUAAUAUCAGCUCUGGUGCUGCAAUAUUUGACAUGGAAUAUUCAAGAUGGUUAGAUGAUGAUCAAAGGCACAUUUCCGAGCUUCGAACUGCAUUGCAAGCACAUUUAGGAGAUGGUGAUCUUAGAAUAAUUGUAGAUGGAUAUAUUGCUCAUUACGAUGAAAUAUUCCAACUCAAAGGAGUUGCAGCUAAAUCUGAUGUAUUUCAUCUCAUCACUGGAAUGUGGACUACCCCAGCUGAACGUUGCUUCCUUUGGAUGGGUGGUUUCAGACCCUCUGAGCUGAUCAAGAUGUUGAUAGCACAAUUGGACCCGUUAACGCAGCAGCAAGUUGUUGGAAUUUACAGUCUGCAGCAAUCAUCCCAACAGGCAGAAGAAGCACUUUCACAGGGUUUGGAACAAUUACAACAAUCUCUAAUUGAAACUGUUGCCAAUGGUUCUCUCAAUGAUGGUAUGCAUCAUAUGGCUCUUGCCUUAGGCAAGCUUGCCAAUCUCGAAGGCUUCGUUCGCCAGGCUGAUAAUUUGAGACAACAAACGCUUCAUCAAUUGCAUAGAAUAUUGACAGUUAGACAAGCAGCAAGGUGUUUCUUGGUGAUAGGGGAAUAUUAUGGUCGAUUACGAGCCUUAAGUUCCCUAUGGGCAUCACGUCCGAGAGAGACCAUGAUGGCAGAUGAUAACUCUUGUCAAACAACAACAGAGUUGCAGAUGAUACAACCCUCCCAACACCAUUUCUCAAAUAUGUGAUCAUGUCACUCUUAGCCCGAACAAAUGUCCAUUCCUCCUUUGAUGACUUCCAGUAAAGAAAGUCUAAAUUUUUUGACGUGUGGAUUGAAAGGAAUUUGAGAAUGGACACGGAUUUCUUGAUGAUGAUCAAGUUGUCGCAUUAUAGUUCUGCGAGCAACGUAUUUAGAUGAGAUAAGAUAGGAUUUUUUUUCUUUUUUAUUUAUUUGAUGUAGUUUCUUGAUAUCUCUAUAUUAUUACUCUUGUUCUUGUAAAUGUAUAAAUCAAUUUUAUUCUACA